AUGCGGAAUACUAACACUGUACAGGACCCGAACUCGCCCAUCACCCUGCGGACCCGCAAGUUCAUCACCAACCGUCUCCUGCAGCGCAGGCAAAUGGUCCUGGAUGUGAUCCACCCCGCUCGCCCUAACGUCUCCCGCAGCGAGCUCCAGGAGAAGCUGGGCGAGAUGUACAAGGCCCCCAAGGAGCAGUGCUUCGUGUUCGGCAUGCGCACCCACUACGGUGGUGGCCGCUCGACCGGCUUCGCCCUGAUCUACGACUCGCCCGAGAGCCUGAAGCUCGAGUCCAAGUUCCGCCUGGUCCGCAACGGCAUCGAGCCCAAGAUCGAGAAGCCCUCGCGCAAGCUCCGGAAAGAGCGCAAGAACCGUGCCAAGAAGGUCCGCGGCACCAAGAAGACCAAGGGCGCCGAGUCCAAGAAGAAGUAA